AUGUGGUCUAAACGGCCGUUCCACAAGUCCAAGCGGCCCUCGAUAAGCGGCCCCAUAUUGGACAGCAAGCCACCCACCACAUCAGACCCCGUGCAUGAUUUGGUCGCAAAAAAGUUGCCCCCUCUACCUGACGACUUGCAUUCAUCGUUACAACCAGAUCCCGCCCAGCGCGAUGAUAUCAAUAGAUACUCAGACAUCUCGCCUGCUGUUUCUCCGAUUCUUGAAGCUCAUAGGCGGGGAAGCCAAAGUAGCUUCUGUGUCUCGCCCAUCGACAAUGAACACCAAUUUCCUCGUUAUGAGCGACAGGAGACUCGGGCUUCGUCAUCGCCAACUCCUGUUCCAAAGGAAUGCUAUGAUGAAACACCUUCUCACUCCCGAGUUCAGCCAGUCCAGCCAGUCCAGAAUUAUCAGGAGCCUACGCGAUUCAUCUCUGGAAAAUCGACACAAUGGGAGAACUUUGCUGGCGAACUGACCUCGAAUGAUGUCAGGGCUGGCCAGAUGUAUCCCCGCAACACUUCCUUCAACAAGACAUCUGCACCUCAUGCAUCCAAUCUGCUAAACUGGGGCCAGGGUUUCAAUCCCAAGAAGACCCUCAAUGCAGCUCGGCACCGGAUUAGCAGUUUCUCGAAGACUGAAGAUCUUGCGCAAAAGGAAGCCAGAAAUAAAUCGUCGUCACGUGUGUCUCCAGAGCGUUCCAGCAAGCGCAAUGAAAAGGGUGGGCUAAACGCGAAUCCACAGCUCGAUACCUUUGGGUUCACUCCUACAACUGUAACCACUAUCACCGCCGGUGGUCCAGUAUCGUUUCCCCGCAGACUAGCAACAGAUCACGCUCCAAUUCGCCCGCAAGAGGAGAGCAAAUUGACAUUCAAGUUCGAUGACGAUAUGAUGCUCACGAGCAAUGAACCUAGGAGUCGUUUCAGCGCAACUACAUACACAGCUACCGAACCCGGCAGUCUGGAUGCAAGCCCGCGGGGUAGUAUGCAGCUCCAAAGCCGGUCUACAGACGACGUAUCCACAUCCUCUAUCAUGUCCCGACGGCGCCCAAUUCCAAUCAGCGACCCAAUUUCGAAGAAGCAGCCCGUCUCCACGAAGCCCGUCCGAAAGCCCACUCCAUCUCAAGCCGCACAGCAGGGAGCGCAGAAUCCCGGGCAGCCAUCAUCGCCUUCACCUCCUCCGGAGGUACCACUAGAUGCGCAGGGCCGUGUUAAAGCAUUGGAGGCCAAGCGGGAUGAUCUUGAACAGCGCAGACUUAGUUUGGAGGCGUUGAUCGUUGACUUGAGGAAGGUCAUUCAGCCUACUUCGGCUGUGUAUGAUCUAGCUGCUAAAGCUGAGGCCCAGAAGAGCAUUAAGGCCAUCGAAGACGAGAUUGAUGAUCUCAAGAAAGAAUCACACGAUCUUGGUCUGAAGAUCUCUCGCGCUUGGCGUCGACUGGACGAAAACGAGAAUGCUGGUGAUGGAAAUAAUCUCUGGGUGAAGCGAGUCACGAGUUAG